UUUGGUUAUUGGGGGCUCAGGCGUUCCUUACAAACAAGGUCUUCCUUCUACCUUACAACGGAAUCAUUAUCUAUCAUCCAUGGAAACCGAUUCAGACUCCGAAGGCUCUCACGUGUCUGCAACUCCGCCUAGAGACCCAACACCUCCACAACAACCUCCUCCUGUCCUUUUGUCUUCCAAAAAAGUUAGGGUAGAAGUUACGGCUUCGUCCCGCUCAAACAACACAUCAAAACCGAAACACGUUUCAAAGCAAAAACCUCUCAAAUCCAAAAUCGAGAUCAAAACUAAACCAUCCAAGGAGGAUCCACCACCAUAUCUUAUCCCAUCCGCUGAUUUCUCCAUCCUUCCUGGUUCAUUAGUUAAAAUCCAUAAUCGAAGCCAUGGGAUCUCGACGCAUUCUUCUGUGGAAAACCUUUUGCAGGGUUGUUUACCCUCCAAAUUCGCAUCUUUCUCGAAGAUCCGGAGGCCCUUCUUCGCUGUAGCAUCGACUGAGGAAAAUACGAUGCAGCAUUCUCCGUCAAUACCACAGCCUCAGUCUAUUGUCGGUAGUGAUUGUGUGGAGGGUGAGCAGACUUUCGCUGGUUCUGUUUCUCUAGAGACCAGUAGCAGAGCUGUUCAUGUCAGUCAUCACAACAAAUCUAUGGGGAAGCUUCCUAAUUUGAUACGUCACAAUGUAAAUCAGUUGCCUGCUAAACGGCCGAAAUCUACAGGUGAAGGAAAUUUUGUUAGGCUAAACAUCAAUGGCUAUGGACGCAAGUUCACCAACAAGUGGGCAAAAAAACGGAAUUCCUCUUCAUCUCGUUUCAGGAAAUCUUAUCGGAGAAGUAAAGGAAAACCGAAAACUGAAGGUGAAGCUGACACGGUUGGUUGUGAUGAAAAUGGUUUAGUCUCGGAGAUACCAAAACAGGAGGAGCAGUGCAGAAAUUCAAAAUUUAGUCAUGAAUCAAUCGAACAAGCAGUCUUGGAUGCUCGCGAUGAACCGUCUGAUGAGAACCUAAUGAAGCUGCUGAAACUGACUCAUGGCUAUGAGUCGUUCCGUGAGGGACAGCUGGAGGCUAUCAAGCAGGUUCUUGCAGGUCGGUCAGUGAUGCUGGUUCUCCCAACUGGUUUUGGGAAGUCAUUGUGUUAUCAGUUGCCUGCGCUGAUUUUACCUGGAAUAACUCUGGUUGUGAGUCCGCUGGUGGCUUUGAUGGUUGAUCAACUAAGGCAGCUACCCCCAAUGAUCCGGGGUGCUCUUCUUUGUAGCAAUCAGACAAGUGAAGAGGCCUCUAUAACACUUCAGCAGCUUCGAGAAGGAGCAAUCAAGGUUCUUUUUGUCUCGCCAGAGAGGUUUUUAAAUGCUGAAUUCUUGUCCAUGUUUGAGGCUACCCCACCUGUAUCACUUGUAGUGAUUGAUGAAGCUCACUGUCUUUCUGAGUGGUCCCAUAAUUUCCGGCCUUCGUAUUUGAGGCUCAAGGCAUCAUUACUUCGAGCCAAGCUCAAUGUUGACUGCAUUCUUGCAAUGACUGCAACAGCAACAACCAAAACUUUGCAUGUGGUUAUGUGUUCCCUGGAGAUUCCUGCAACAAAUCUCAUUCAGACAUCUCAUAUAAGGGAAAAUUUACAGCUGUCUGUAACAUUAAGUGCUAAUAGAUCAAAAGAUUUGUUGAUGUUGAUGAAGUCUUCUCCUCUGGCAGAAGUUCGGAGCAUCAUUAUUUACUGUAAAUUUCAGUUUGAAACUGAUACACUUAGCAAAUACCUUUGUGAUAACAACAUUUCUGCAAAGAGCUAUCACAGCGGCAUUCCAGCGAAGGUUAGAAGUCGUACUCAGGAACUGUUUUGUUCCAACAAAAUAAGAGUGGUUGUGGCAACUGUGGCAUUUGGCAUGGGGCUUAACAAGAGUGAUGUUGGAGCUGUUAUUCAUUACAGCUUGCCAGAAAGCUUGGAAGAAUAUGUUCAGGAGACAGGGCGUGCUGGACGGGAUGGGAGGUUGUCCUAUUGUCAUCUUCUUUUUGAUGAGUCAACUUAUUUCAGGCUUCGUAGUCUUCUAUACAGUGAUGGUGUAGAUGAGUAUGCUGUAAACAGACUUCUGUGUCAGAUUUUCAGCAAUGACAUGAAUUCACAUGGGAAAAUAUGCUCCAUAGUCAAAGAAGCAGCAUCUCGGAAACUUGAUAUGAAAGAAGAGGUUAUACUCACGGUUCUAACAUACCUGGAAGUAGGGGAAAUGCAGCACAUAGGCCUACUUCCACAGCUGAAUGUAGCUUGCACCUUGUAUUUUCACAAGACUUCCCCGGAGUUGCUUGCUGGAAAGGAUAUUUUAGUUGCUACAAUUCUCAAAAAGUCCGAAAUAAAACAAGGGAACUACACUUUUGAUAUACCUAGCGUGGCAAAUAGCAUUGGCAUUACUGCUGUUGACGUAUCAAAUUGGUUGCAGAACUUAAAGUCGAAGGGAGAAAUAACAUAUGAGACGAAGGAACCAGGCUUUUGUUAUACAAUUGUAAAAAGGCCAGAAGAUUUUUGUUCCCUUGCUACACAUGUCACUAGAUGGUUAUCUGAGGUCGAAAAUUGUAAGGUGCGGAAAUUAGAUACAAUGUUUAAUGCUGCAACUUUUGCUGCAAAAGCAUGUACAAAAAUAGAUGGUUGCUCUGGUAGCCAGCAUACUCGAUGCUUUCAGAAGAAAAUUUUGGAUUAUUUCACCAGAGAUGAGAACACCCCUUCUUGUGAAUUGCCAACUAAGAUGGACCAUAGCAGCCCAUUUUUGCAGGCAGAUAUAAAGGUGUUUUUGCAGAACAAUUCACAUGUUAAGUUCACCCCAAGAGCAGUUGCAAGGAUAAUGCAUGGCAUUGGAAGCCCAGCUUACCCUUCUACAAUUUGGUCCAAGACUCAUUUCUGGGGAAGGUAUUCACAGACAGACUUCCCGGUUAUAAUGCAAGCGGCAAUGACAGAACUCAUGAAAUCUGCUGGAAAGGAAGUAUCAUAACUGGAAUUACAUGAUUUGCCAUUCCUUAUAGAAACAUUUAUAGUCCACUAUAAGAUUAUUGUUGUAAUAUUAAACAUGUUCCUUUUUAAAGAUUAAUUGUGAUGAGCCAGCAGUUAGCCAUGUAAAUCAAUGCUUUCCAAUAAAGUGUUUCAUUCCUUCAGAUGAUUGA